CGUGCUGACAACAGUCGCGGCGAAGGGGCCCAGGUCUGAACCUUUCACUUCCCUAAUCCAUCUCCUAUUGAUCCCGCUCGCGGGAUGCGAGCCUGAUCGCAUGAUCGGACAGAACUCAUCGUUUUGGCUUUCCUUUGCCACGUAGAGGCCUCCAGCUGCAUCUGUGAGGCCCUGGCACCCUCAAAUCCCCUCGCUCGGGUCCCGGCUUGAUGGACCUACACCAGGUGAGGGUCCUGAUGGAAGUCCGAAGGAGGUCACGCAAACGGCAUCAUUUGUGUGGUUUUCUACAUGGUGACAGGUGCGGAGGGCCUUCCAGGAGAUCCAAAGCGACGUGGGCCGAACGGAAAAUCCGUCAUCAGAGAGGAAUCCCAUCUCAUUCUCUCUCUGUGUUGUUGUGUGUGCAGAUAAGUAGGAGUUUAGUAUCGCAUCCUGACCAGCACCAGGUCGACGCUGCCGUCACGUUAGCCGCGCAGGUGAGGAAGGAGACUCAAAUCCUCUGUGGGUGGGAGGUAUUUCCAUCUUGGUUCGUCCUGUGUCUUCAGCUGGGGGAUGGUGCCAAGGCGUUGGAGGGUAGUAUCGCGGACCUAAAUGGCUUUCUAACAGAGCUAUAUGGGCAGCGGAUUCACCUUGUUGCAGCAGGGACGCUGGCAUCUGUCUCUGUGCUGUGCGGUGUCGGUUCAGGUGGGCGACAUGGCGUCGCAGCUGCAGCAGCUGCAGCCAUCGCACAUCACAUCAGAGGUGAGCCAAGCAUGCCAAUGAGGGAGCGGGGAGCAGAGCUGUACGCACAAUCCACGCAUCCAUCCAUUUGUCCGGUUGCUGUGUGCAGGCGUCAUUGCGUGCGGCCAGAGAUGUGGGCUACCAGAUGACGUUGAUGGCCUCCCACAUGGCUGCCGUGACCACACAGCUCGCACUGCAGCGGAUACCGCUCGCAAGCGCCGUGGCUGCACUCACCGCAUCGACGGCAGAUGAGCCGCACCAAGAGCUACAUCCGAAAGAGGAAACCAGCGACGCUGCCGCACCAGCACAGACACAGGUAGCCAGGACACUCAAGACGAGCAGUGCAGCAGCUGUCAUCAGAAGCACUCACUGCUCUCUUCUGUGUCUGUCAGGAUGAGCCGCCGGGUCGUGUUCCGUCGUAUCGGCUCGUAUUUCGAAGCGGCAACAAGCCCAUCAACGAACCGGUACGCACACCACACGUAGUGUACACACACCCGGCAGACACAACGAUAUGACACCGACUCACAUUCAUAUGUGCCUUCAUCGCAGCCUGUCCUGAACCCUGAUAACUGUGCAUGCAUCUUCGGCUCCCUCCAGCCCUGGGAGCUCGCACGGCUGCGGCCGGCCAUCGGCAAGCACAUCUUUCACCAAGCGGCCCAGCAGUACACCCACCUGACGAUCGACAGCGAUGACGGCGAGACGCGCGGCAUAUGGGAGCGAAUGUCGUGCGAAAUGGCGCAUAGGUGGGGCCAGAGGAGCCGCAACCUCAAAGAACUGACCAUCCGCCACCCCGAAGCCGACUGGUGCACGGCCACGCCAGCAGUGAGCAAACGAGCAGCAGCGCCGCAUCGUCGUCAGCCAUGGAUGAUGACACGGAGACCGGAGCCCCGCCCCUUCGCCAUCCCCCCUCACACGCCACACUCCAGGUACUGCGGUUCCAAGAUGCCAAUGGCUAUGCUCGUGAUUGGGACCCCCUCGGCCCGCCCCCCACCUCCCCCGUCCACCUGCCCGCCCUCACCACCGUCAUCGACGUCCAGCCCGAGCAUGCGGCUGCUCGGGUGGGCCGCAAUUGGCACACGCCCAACAUCCGAGUGCUGACGUUCCAGAACACCUAUAGCGGCGACGACGAGUUUGAGGGGGCGCGGCAGUGGAUUGGGGACGGUACCCGGCUGGAGAAGCUCGAGUAUGAUAUACGCGGGUACGGCGGACGGAUACACAUGGGUGCGGGGAAGUACCGUGUGGCAGGCAUGAACGGACACCGUCUCGUCGUGGUGUGCAGAUGUGGAUCAGAAAACGACGACUUUCUCCAUGGGGUGCCGGAGGGCCAAUCGCUGUCGGGUCUGCGUUCCCUCGGCCGCGUGCGCGUCUACUGUGACAGCACGGGUUCUGAGUGGGAGCCUGCCGAGAUGCAGGGCUUCCGCGAUCUGCUGGUGCGCCGGGGGUGCGUCAAGACCAUCCGUGAGAUGCAGCUGGAUUUCGGAGAGCAGAGAUGCGAGGAGGGGUAUCUGGAGGACACAGCCGAGACGAGAGAGCUGAUCGAAAGGGCAGCAGAGCUCGUGUAAGGCCGGCCACACAGAGAGAGUGUCUUGCAUGCCUCGUACUUCAGCCGUGUGUGUUUCUUUUGUUCCUGUCUCUCUUUCAGUGACGCCGUGAUGCACCCUGACGCCCUCAGCCAGCCGCUGAUGCCGUGCCUCCACGACAUCGGCAAGAUCGACUACCAGCUGGUCACAUGGGGCCUCGCCCACCCCUCCCCCACCGUCAGGAAGCUCGUGGCUGACUACGCCAGCGGAGUGCGCAUCGUGGGGUUCAAGGACCCCACACGCAAUUUGCCUGCCCAGCCGGUGACGCCCACGGCAUUUCCGAAAGCCACCGCCUUCUGCCUCCGAUCUACACGGAUCGCCAAAGCGGUGGAGGCAGCGCAACAGAUGCCCUCACUGGAGUGCGUCGAGGCCGAGAGCCCCAGUGCGGUGCGGGACUUCCUCGAGGCAUUUCACGCCGCAGCCCCGGACAAGACUAUCGGCCGGGUGACGCUCGAGCUGCCCGCAACCAGCCUGACCGGCAGACCCUCAUUUCAUGAACUGGGCAAGAACCGCAAUCCGCUGCCGCCGAUCGAGGAGCUGUGCCUCUACGUAGAAGGUGGGCAGACAACGUGCUAACAACAAUCGCGGCGACGGGGCUGAAUUGUAUGUAUGUAUGUGUGUAGGUUUUUUGACGGAUCAUUUGAGUCUCGGGAUUCAUGAUUCGCGACUCGAGUGGCUUCACGGCAGUGUGCUGGCCUUCCUGCAGGCAGCCAGCGAUGUCAAGGCAAGAAGGGACGAAGGAACAAACGCAUUGCUGGAUGGCCCUGUUGCUUUGCUGCAUGCAAUGCCAUGCAAUGCGAUGCGAUGCAGGGCACUAAGCGCACAUACGUCACCUUCUACGACAACUUUCUGGCUUGCGAUAUCGCCAAACGGUUUGCGGCUGCCACGCCCUGUUCAACCUCUCGAGCACCAAGUUUCGGCUGCAGUGGGCUAAAUCGGAUAGGCUCGAGCUGACGCGGCUCGAGUAGACACGCAGAUCAGAUCCGCUGGCUGACUAGUGACUAGAGAGAUGUCGAUAUUGUGUAUAAUACAAGGGUCACUCACUGCCUCAGACGACCAGGAA